AUGGAGCUCUCCUUGCGGCUGCUCCUGGCGUCCUGCCUGUCCCUAGGGGUGGCCGGGGAGUUUGACAGAGGGUGGCCCAGGCAAAUAGUGUCUUCUGCAGGACUGUGCCGGUUUGGAAGUCGAAUUGACUGCUGCUGGGGCUGGGCCCGAUUGUCCUGGGGACAGUGCCAACCUUUCUACGUCUUAAGGCAGAGAAUAGCCAGCCUAAGGUGCCAGCUCAAAGCUAUAUGCCAGCCAGGAUGCAAACAUGGUGAAUGCAUUGGGCCAAACAAGUGUAAGUGCCACCCGGGAUACACUGGAAAAACCUGCAACCAAGAUCUGAAUGAGUGUGGGCUGAAGCCACGGCCAUGCAAGCACCGCUGUAUGAACACCUAUGGCAGCUACAAGUGCUACUGCCUCAACGGCUACAUGCUCAUGCCAGAUGGAACCUGCUCGAAUGCCCUUUCUUGCUCGAUGGCGAACUGUCAGUAUGGAUGUGAUGUGCUGAAAGGGGAAGUGCGCUGCCGCUGUCCCUCUCCAGGACUGCAGCUAGGGCCUGAUGGCAGGACUUGCAUAGAUAUUGAUGAAUGUGCUACUGGGAGGGUCGUCUGUCCACGAUUUAGGCACUGUGUCAAUACUUUUGGAAGCUACAUAUGCAGAUGUCAUAAAGGCUUUGAUCUAAUGUACAUCGGAGGCAAAUACCAGUGCCAUGAUGUGGAUGAGUGUUCCCUUGGGCACCACCAGUGUGGUAGCUUUGCACGAUGCUACAACACACCAGGAUCCUACAAAUGCAAGUGUAAAGAAGGGUACAGAGACAACGGAACGAGCUGCACAGAGAGGCCAGUGACCAGGCCAACAACUCGUCCUACACCCGGGCCAACAACUCGACCUACAUCCAGGCCAACAACUCAUCUUACGCCUGGGCCAACAACUCGACCUACAUCCAGGCCAACAGCUCGUCCUACACCCAGGCCAACAACUCGACUGGCACCAAAGACAACCACUAGGUAUGUGCCAGUGACAACAAGACCAGUAACAAAGCCAGUGACAAGGCCUCCACCACCACCACAACCCACAACGUUAAGACCUACACUACCACCACAAAGGUAUCCUCUAACAACUGAAGAGCCAUUACAUGUUCCUGUUGAAACUACAUCUUCCCAAGGAGUUACAGAUGACAACAGGAUACAGAUAGAUCCUCAGAAACCCCGAGGAGAUGUCUUCAUUCCACGGCAGCCCGGAGUGAGCAAUAACCUGUUUGAAAUACUUGAAAUUGAAAGAGGGAUUACUGCUGAUGAAUUUGAAGCAAACGACGACCCAGGUGUGCUGGUGCACAGCUGCAGUUUUGAUGGUGGACUAUGUGGAUGGAUGAAGGACAAAGAUGAUGACUUGCACUGGGAAGCAGUGAGAGAUGCAUCAGGGGGACAGUAUCUUACCAUCUCUGACUCCAAAGGCCAAGAAGGCAAAGCAGCGCAUCUCAUCCUGCCCUUGGGGCACAUGGCUCAGGCUGGUGACUUGUGUCUGUCCUUUAGGCAUAAAGUGCCUGGGCUGCAUUCUGGUGCCCUCCAAGUGUUUGUCAGGAAAAAUGGUGCUCAUGGACCAGCUGUCUGGGGAAGAAAUGGUGGCCAUGGCUGGAGACAGACACACAUAACGUUACAAGGACUAGGCAUCAAGAGUGUUAUUUUCAAAGGAGAGAAAGGGAAAGGAAGGAGUGGGGACAUUGGACUAGAUGAUGUGGUCUUGAGGAGAGGACGCUGCUCUGAAGAGCAUUAG